AUGACAAUCCUCAGGUCCUCCGGGCCUGUCCCCGUGGCUUCCCCAGCCACAGUGCUCCUGCCCCAGGCGGCUCCGCCGCGUUGCCCUCUCCAGCAUAAUGAUGCUGCCGCGCGGACUGCUCUGCGGCUUCCUGCGGGGACCCACUCCCACUGGAGCGCGCCACGGCGUCCGGGAGACGCUCCUCCAGGAGACGCGCUGCCGACUCCUCCUCCCGGCCCCCAGCGGGCCUGGGACGUGGCCUUCCUCGUGGCGCGACGGCGACUGGGGGUAACCCAGGAGGGGCUGACCUGGAGGAGAGUUUUCUGUUCCCCGAAUGCGUCCAGGGAUUCGGAGCCGGAACUGACCCUCCAAGACCAGCUGCGGGAGCUGCAGCAGCGGCGGGAGGAGGAGGAGCGACGGCGGCAGCGGCGAGGGGAGGAGAGGCGGCUGCAGAAGUUACGGGCCGGCCAGCAGGCCCUCCCGGACCGUGUGCCAACACUGCUGAGUGCUGGUGCACCGCCGGCGCGCCCUGCGCCUUCAGGUGAGCCAGGAACAGUUCCGGGGGUGGUGAGCGCCGCGCUGCGGCGGCCCGAGCCCGCCCUGGUGCUGUACAAGGUGGACCUGCUGGAUCUGCCCGACGCCCUGCUGCCCCACCUGCCCGCCCUGGUGGGCCCCAAGCUGCUGAUGGUGCUGGGAAGCAUGGUGGCCCUUAUGCCCCAGGACACUCCCGACUACCAGCAGCGACUCCAGGAGCGACUGUGGGACGACUAUCGGCGCCGGGCUCCUGCCGCCCCGCGGCUACCGAAAGCCACAACGUCUCAGCGGGGACCGGCCAUGGGACGGGGAGGACAAUGCGAAUCUUCCGUCCAAGAUCCGCAAGGUGCUCAGAGACGUGCCGGCGCAUCAGCGCCAAGAUCUCCGCGCUCCAGCGCUCCUGGCGCUACCGCGGCGACGUCUACCUGGUUGGCGCCACCAACGCUAAGUCCACUGUUUUCAAUACGCUUCUGGAGUCCGAUUACUGCAUCGUCAAGGGCGCUGAAGCUAUCUACAGGGCCACCACCUCCCCUUGGCCUGGUUAGCCUUGCGGCACCCAUCUCCUUCGUUUUCAGAAAAGUUGAAAACCAGUCAGCUUGGUUUACAGUUGUGGCUUCCAACUUUCUUCCUGUUUCGUUGGACAAGGUGGAUACUAUAUAUCAGAAGCACAUGGGUCAUGUGAAGGUUCCAAUGGGUGAAGAAAGAAUGGCAGGAUUUCCUCCUCUUGUUGCUUAA